UAAGAUCCGACAGCCCCACUAUAAAGUCUGAUCUGGGGCUGGCUGCGGCGGAUUGGAGGGCUGCUGUCGUCGGAGCGCCUCAGACGCUAAAAUAGGGAUCUUUGUAUCAAGCCCCAGCAGUAGUGUUAGUCCCCGGGCCCGGAGUCAACAGGAAAUAGCCAUGCCUUUCGGUAACACUCACAACCAGCUGAAGCUGAAGUACUCCUCGGAGCAGGAGUACCCGGACCUCAGCAAACACAACAAUCACAUGGCCAAGGUGCUGACCCCCGUCAUGUACGAGCGGCUGAGGAGCAAACAGACCCCCAGCGGCUUUACUCUGGAUGAUGUCAUCCAGACCGGGGUGGAUAACCCAGGUCACCCCUUCAUCAUGACUGUGGGUUGUGUUGCUGGGGAUGAGGAGACGUACGAGGUCUUCAAAGAGCUGCUGGACCCUGUCAUCCAGGAUCGACAUGGAGGAUACAAACCCACAGACAAGCACAAGACGGACUUGAACUCUGCCAACCUGAAGGGCGGCGAUGACCUUGACCCCAACUACGUCUUGAGCUCCAGAGUUCGAACCGGUCGCAGCAUCUGUGGCUUCUGUCUUCCCCCCCACUGCAGCAGAGGGGAGAGGCGGGCUGUGGAGAAACUCUCUGUUGAAGCUCUGGACUCACUGACCGGAGACCUGAAGGGGAAGUACUACGCACUGAAGAACAUGACGGAGGCGGAACAGCAGCAGCUCAUUGAUGACCACUUCCUGUUUGACAAGCCAGUGUCUCCUCUCCUGCUGGCCUCAGGAAUGGCCCGCGACUGGCCCGAUGGCAGAGGAAUCUGGCACAAUGAUAACAAGACCUUCCUGGUGUGGGUGAACGAGGAGGACCACCUGCGUGUGAUCUCCAUGCAGAAGGGAGGGAAUAUGAGAGAAGUGUUCACCCGUUUCUGUACCGGACUCACCAAGAUUGAGAGCCUGUUCAAGGAGAGAGGCCAUGCCUUCAUGUGGAAUGAGCACCUGGGCUACAUCCUCACCUGUCCGUCCAACCUGGGUACCGGUCUGCGUGCUGGUGUGCACGUGAAGCUUCCAAACAUGAGCAAACAUGCAAAGUUCGAAGAGAUUCUGAAGAAACUCCGACUCCAGAAACGUGGAACAGGUGGAGUCGAUACCGCUGCUGUGGGCGGAGUCUUCGACAUCUCCAACGCUGACAGAUUAGGCUUUUCUGAGGUGGAGCUUGUUCAGAUGGUGGUUGAUGGGGUCAAACUGCUGGUGGAGAUGGAGAAGAAACUGGAGAAGGGCCAGGCCAUUGAAGAUCUGAUGCCUGCCCAGAAGUAACCCCCCCCCCCCCCCCCCCCCAAUGCACUUAUUAAAGUUUGGAUUUAAGAUGAAAACAUUCCUGUGAGCUGAAGGUCUGAACGGAAAUAAAAGUUAUUGUUGAAGUUUAA